AUAAAGGAUAUGGCUGGACUUAACGUACAGUCCUGGACUGAAAUUCAUUGAAAGAGCAAUAGAUGCACUUGGAGUAAAAUAUCUAGAUAUAUAAUUGUUGUUUAUGACAAAAGGAAGAAAUCCUGCUGAAACAGUAGCGACGGCUACUGCAAAAGGGGGAUAAGAUACUGUGUUUUUGCCGGACGGGUAUUUUCACAGAAUGGCUGCAGAGCAGCGGCGAUUAAUAGAAUGUGUCCUUUUGGGAACACGAGACGCUGAGAUAGAUGCAAAAAGAAACACAUCUUCGUGUUUCACCAGCAAAAUUGGCGAACUGCCGAACUGUUUUCCGUCAUUGACACUGCGCUAUCCUUCUUGCUCGAUUUGUAAUGGCAUCCUUGUUCAUGUUGUGCAAGUAUACUGCCCCCUAGAGGGUUCACCCUAUCAUCGCACCUUAAACGUGUUUGCAUGCCCAAGCAGAGAAUGUUUUGGAAAAUCAGAAAGUUGGACAGUGUUGCGUUCCCAGUGUUUGGAAACAGAAGCUGCACAGGCACAAGAACCUAAAGCCAACCAGGAGACUACCGUGGCAACCAGAGACUGGUGUGAGGGAGCAGACGACUGGGGCAUGGACGAUGAGACAGAAUCUUCAGCGCCCCCUGCCAGUAGCUCCAUGGAAACGGACUUCACGAGCCAGCUGCAAGACCUCAACCUGAGAGAGCAAACACAGAGCUUCGUGCCUGCAGGAGAGGGGCUGCUCCUCCCGGGCCCUGUACCCACCUUCCAGCCCUACUACAUCAGUGUGGUGGACGAGGGGGAGUUCUUUGUCGAUGCAGAUAUGGACCAUGCGCAGAGAUUACUGAAAGAGUAUCAGAGAAGAGAGGGGGUUGACGUGCAACAGUUAAUAAGCUGUGAUGGUGAAGGAGAGAGCGAGAAAUAUGAGAAAAGAAAAGCCAGACAUGGAGACGAAAUCUUCCUCAAGUUCAUGAAAAAAAUAUCAGUAUGUCAAGCACAAGUGUUGAGAUAUUCUCGGAAGGGUCAGCCCUUGUUUAUCACCGCCCCUCCCUCCAACGUGAAGCAGAUGGCCCCUUGUUGUCAGAGCUGUGGCAGCCCGAGAAUAUUUGAGUUCCAGAUUAUGCCUGCUUUGGUCAGCAUGCUCAAAAGUAUCAACGCAGACGGUUUGACGGUGGAAUUUGGGACUGUUUUAAUUUACACCUGCGAGAAGAGCUGCUGGCCACCCAGCAAUCAGACACCUUUGGAGGAGUUCCUGUUUGUACAGGCAGACCCUGAUCAGAAGCUUUUUAAAUAAAAGAAUGCCGACUCUGCA